AUGGAUCUUAUUUGCAAUGAAGUUGUAAAUUUAAGUGAUAGUAGUGAUUUUAGUACAACAACUACCGGUAACGGAAAUAAUUAUGUACAUAAAGCGAUUGAAGAUUCAGCCUUGCUGGAUGACAGAUGCUUACAGAAUUUACUUAAUCGCGAGGAUAAACAUACCUCAGGAUGUUCCUAUUUUAAUACAGUCCAAAAAGAAAUUACACCCAAAAUGAGAAAAAUGGUUGCUGAAUGGGUAAUUGAGAUCUGCGAUGAACAAAAAUGUCAGGAGGAAGUGUCAAUAUUGACACUGAAUUACAUGGAUCGCUUUUUAAGUAUCCGCUCGAUCAGAAAAACGCAUCUGCAGCUGCUCGCAGCGACAUGCCUGUUACUCGCUUCCAAACUGAGAGAGCCGAGUUGUCGGGCAUUGCCAGUGAAACUUCUCGUCUUCUACACAGACAAUAGUAUUACGAAAAAAGAUUUAAUUCAAAUGGAACUCUUAGUGUUAAGUUUACUUAAAUGGGAUUUAUCGACAGUAACACCCCUGGAUUUUCUACAUUUACUUUUAUCCAAAUUACCAAUUAAGAGUGCAAAGUGUCCAGACAUAGAAAUCGAAAAGUUGCGUAAACAUGCUCAGGCAUUCAUUUCAUUAGCAGCAAGAGAACACUACUUUUCCAUCUACUCCGCAAGCACAAUUGCCGCUGCAAGUAUCGCCGCCUCGCUCGUGGGUCUCUUUUGGCACACACGAACCAACACCAGCAUCCAGCAUCUCCUCGACAUGCUAACAGACUUGACUGGAGUCGAACAGGAAUACAUCCACGAAUGCAUGAUCAAAAUGGAGAAUGUCUUCGACGAACAAAAGAGUCAGAUGCGAUUGUAUUAUUGCGAAUCAUCAGCAACUGCCGCAGCGGCAUCCUCACCCGAUUCAAUUGAAAACAAUAACACGUCAAGUCAAAAGAUGCAUUACACGGUGUCAUCGGAAAAAAGUCGGAAUUCUGUUACGCCAACGGAUGUGCAAGACGUUGAAUUUUAACGUUGUCUGUAAAAAUUUUAUUCGUAAGGAUA